CGAUCACAGGUAAACAUUGGACGAUGAGCACCCACAGGCUUGUCUGUUUUGAAAAAAAAAAAAAAAAACUCCUUGCUCUGUCAGUUAGUCCAGGAUUAGAUAGCUAAUACGAUGAGCUGAAGUUAUACUUGGUGACAAUACCGUGCUGGAAUAAGCUCUCUGGCUAGGUGGAAUAACCAACGUUAUGCGUUUACAUUAUUAUGAGUAACGACGUUGCUAACAGGAGAAUCUCUUCAGCUCAACUGAUUCAGGCCAGUCUGUCUGUGUGGGGAUGGGGGGGUCUAGGAGUGGUGCUGUUCCUCAUCACUUUUGGACCCUUCGCUAUCUUCUACCUGGCCUUCUAUAUCUGCUGCGUUGUAGGCGGUGGUUUUGCGGUCACUCUGUUGUUUGGGAAGACCAACUCAGAGAGACAUCUUGAGAAGUGUGAACACUCCUACCUGCCAGCCACGCAAACGGGUAUACUGAAGACGUUGGAUGAGAUGAGGUUGGAGCAGAAGCCUAUAAAGAUAGACAGGAGACUGACUGGCUCCAACUACAUAGACGAGCCUCUGCAACAGGUCAUCCAGUUUGCAUUGAGAGAUUAUAUUCAGUAUUGGUAUUACACUCUGAGUGAGGAUGAGUCUUUCCUGCUGGAAAUCAGACAGACUGUCCAGAACGCUUUGGUCCAGUUCUCUACACGGUCUAAAGAGGUGGACUGGCAGCCUUAUUUCACCACCAGACUGGUGGAUGACUUCGCUACUCACCUCCGAGUCUUCAGAAAGGCCCAGGACAGACUGGAGCGCAGGGAUGACAAUAAACAGAGGGACUUGUCGGAGGAGAUGGUGGAGUCAUUCUUUGAGGCGGAGGUAGAAAUGGAGAGGAGCGUCUGCAGAGACGUGGUCUGCACCUCCCUGAAGGAUGAAGAAGGGUUCCUGAGGGACUUGUGUGAGGUGCUGCUCUACCUUUUACUACCUCCUGGAGACUUCCACAACAAGAACAUGAGAUACUUCCUCAGGGAGAUUCUGGCGCGAGGCGUUCUCCUUCCUCUGGUCAACCAGCUGAGUGAUCCUGAUUACAUCAACCAGUUUGUUAUCUGGAUGAUCCGGGACUCUAGCUGUAACUACGAGGCGUUUAUGAACAUCUUGAAGCUGACAGACAAAGUGUCUGAGCUGGAGGCUGUUAAAGACAAGGCCCUGGAGGAACUACAGUACCUACGGUCACUGGACACCGCAGGAGAUGAUAUCAAUGUUAUAAAGAAUCAGAUCAACAGUCUGUUGUUUGUGAAGAAGGUCUGUGAGACCAGGAUACAGAGGCUACAGUCAGGGAAGGAAGUGGAUACUCUGAAACUAGCAGCUAAUUUGGGCAAGCUGUGCAUCAUCCCACUGGAACACGUCCUUGUUCACAACAUCGCCUUGCAAUUCUUUAUGGACUACAUGCAGGCGGCUGGGGCCCAGGCAGAGCUGUUCUUCUGGCUGACAGUGGAGGGCUACAGAGUAACAGCCCAGCAACAACUAGAGGUGAUGGAGGGAUGGCAGAAGGAUGGAAAGAAGGGAGGUUCCACUCAAGGACUGCUGAAGGCUGCAGCAUUAGGGGUCUAUGAACAGUACCUGUCUGAUAAGGCGUCCCCCAGGGUGCAAGUAGAUGAGGUGUCUGUAGUCAAACUAAGAGAGAAGCUACAGAAGGAAGGAGACCCCACGCCAGAGAUAUUCGACGAGAUCCAGAGAAAAGUGUAUGACAUGAUGCUUCGUGAUGAGAGGUACUACCCGUCGUUCAGACAGAGUCCCCUCUACAUCAGGAUGUUAGCUGAACUGGACAUGCUCAAAGAACCGUCUUAUAGAGGAUCAGAUGACGGAGAUGGAGAAUCGUUCAACGGUUCUCCAACAGGAAGCAUUAAUCUAUCUCUGGAUGACCUUUCGAAUUCCUGCCAUGACGACAAUAUACAGCUACACGCCUUCAUCUCUGACACAGAUAUGUGUGGGUACAACAGUAGUGGCCUUAAAAACGUUACCCUGUCAAAAUGCCUUGAUGCUGUAAGAAGCCUAGAUGCAGUGUUGUCUCCUAACAUUACAAGACGGCAGUCCAGGGUGUGUAAUGACCACGGCAAGACCUACGCCCUCUACGCCAUCACCGUGUGCCGCCGUAAUCACGAUGGCAGCGAGGACUCCUGGAAAACCUACCGUCGCUACUCCGACUUCCACGACUUCCAUAUGAGGAUCACGGAGCAGGUAAAGUUUGAGAACUUGAUGUCGAUACUGAAGCUGCCAGGGAAGAAGACGUUCAACAACAUGGACAGAGACUUCCUGGAGAAGAGGAAAAAAGAUCUCAACGCAUACCUACAGCUGCUGCUGAAUCCAGAGAUGAUGAAGGCCUGUCCUACUCUGGUUCACUAUGUCUAUGACUUCCUGGAGAAUAAGCAAUACAGCAAGGGCAAGGGAGACUUCGCACGCAAGAUGGAUACGUUUGUGAACCCGCUGCGUAGCUCGAUGCGUAACGUGUCCAACGCAGUGAAGAGACUGCCAGAUAGUCUGGCUGAAGGGAUGAACACUGCUGCUGACAACAUGGGACGUAUGUCAGAGAAACUGGGCCAGGACAUCAAACAGUCCAUGUUCAAGGUGCCUCCACUGCUCCCCAAGUCUGACGUUGACCCAGAGCACUGCCGAGUCUCAGCCCAGCUGGACGACAACGUGUGUGUUUUCCAGGUGGAUGAUAACAUCCCCCUGCGUGUGAUGCUGCUGCUGAUGGAUGAGGUGUUUGACCUGAAGGAGAGGAACCAGUGGCUUCGCAGGAACAUCAAGAACCUUCUGCAGCAACUCAUCAGAGCCACAUACGGAGACACUAUCAACAGGAAGAUCGUUGAUCAUGUGGACUUCAUGACAGCUCCAGAACAGGUGGCAGACUACGUCAAGAAGUUCAGAGAUUCAUACUGGCCCAACGGAAUCCUAGCAGAGUCUCCGCCCCGCCGGGACAAGAACAUCCGCAUGAGGACACGGGUCGCCGCCAAGACCAACCUAUUGGGAAUCAUGCCAGAUGAGUUGAAGCACAUCAUAGGGGCGGAUACGACUCGUAAAGGCAUCCUUCGUGUGUUUGACAUGUUCCAACACGGACCAAUGAAUCGUCGGCUGGUCUACGUGCUCCUAGAAGGAUUCCUGGAGACCAUGUUCCCUCAGUACAAGUUCCCAGAGCUGUUUGUCAAACUGCAUUCCCGUUCGCCGCGCACAGCCAGAUAUACACAGAAACUCAAGAGCACCUCCCUGAAGAGGUGACAGGAGAUUGGGAUUGGGCAGGGUACUUGGUGACACACACUCGCUCACACGCCGUGAGAGAACAGAGGGAGGAGGGGAGUAGUGGGGAGGGUGUGUAUGUGUGCUGGUGAGAAGAGGUGUGCGUGUCCUUCUUUCUAUGUCUAGAGGUGCUUUUUGGGCCAUCCGAGCACUUAACUCUUCCCUCCUCUCCCCUACAUGCCUCUCACACUCUCCUCUACUCACUCACACACACACACCCUCCUGUGCACAGUUUAGAGACCGCAUUUGUGUUUUAUUUUAUUUUUGUACUUUUUACUUCCUACUAAACUAUUUUAUUGUAGAUGUGUGGUCAGACUGACAGCUGCUCUGAUAUACACAGCAGCUGAUCUCCGUUACUGAUACCAGAGCUAUGUAUAGAGAAAUACAUGGGUCGUUCCAUGUAAUGAGCCCCUUUUGGGUAGUGUUUCCCAAACUCGGUCCUGGGUUCACAAUGAGUUUUUUUUGCCCUAGCACUACACAGCUGAUUUUAAGUAAUCAAAGCUUGAUGAUGAGUUUAUUAAUCAUCUUUGUAGUGCUAGGGCAAAAACCAAAACAUGCACCCCUUAAGGUCCCGAGGACCAAGUUUUGGAAAUGCUGGUUUAGAGUAAUUUGGUGGGAAAGAAAUGUAGAUUUAAUGAAGAGCAUAUUUUCAACCUAAUAAAAAGCAUAGUUUCCCAUCUCAAGAGGUUAAAGAAAAGAAUAACUGGGUGGCAGGUAGCCUAGCGGUUAAGAGCAUUGGGCAAGUAACCGAAAGGUCACUGGUUGGAAUCCCCGAGCCGACUAGGUGAAAAAUCUGUCGGUGCCGUUAAGGGCAAUUAACCAUCAUUGUUCCUGUAAGUUGCUCUGGAUAAGGGUGUCUGCUAAAUGACUAAAAUGAAGAAACAAAGAUGCUAAAUGUAAGUGCCAGAUAAAGUAACAGGGUUGACCGUUACAGGGUUGACCGUAACAGGGUUGACGAUUUAACCUUCAAUCAGCCAUAAAUCCCUUGUGACCGGGGGAAUGGAAGGCUCUUGUGUGCAACAGGGAGUGGCAAUUGAAUGCCAGCUUCACAAAAAACAAUGAAUUGUUAAAACAUUUUUAGCCUGUCUAUCUAUGGGUAACAGGGUUGAUGUGUUAUGCUCAUCCCGCUCAGUUUUCCACCACAAAACAAGACAAAAUGGCAAAAAUGAGUAUAACCAGCUCAUCUGCUUUUACAUUAUAAUUUUACUGUUAAAUGUUCAAUUUUUCACUUGAAUUUAAAAAAAGAAUAGGAUAGUUCAUUUAACAGGGUUUACCUGAAUGAAUCACAUUAAAUAAAUACUCUUCACAAAUUACAUUGUCAAAGCAACAAUAUAACUUUGGCUUCACAGUGAUGGUGAAAACAUGGAGACAUUUCAUCUUCCUAGAAGUCACAGAGAGUGCACGGAGGGACAUGGCAUAAUGCAGAAUUGUGGCACUUUAGAAAGUCUAUUCAUAUUCAAAAUCAAAUGUAUUGAAUUGUCCAUGUGGUCACUUCAUUUAAUAUAACAGGCUUUUAAAGAUUCACUAUGCAGAAAUUGAAUUGAUCUGCCAUUUCCUGGUUGCGCAAAUUCUAAUAGUUCACCUAAUUUCAGUUUGUGACGAAACAAGCAAGUACAGGGAAGAGAAUCAUUGUACUAUGUAAACCGCCUUGAAAUAGCUUUUCGAUAACCCAAAAUAUUGUAUUUUCAGCUGUUUGACGCUGGUGUACAAAAAAAAAACGAAUGUUAAAGUUGCUAAAUGAAACUUAAGACCGUGAAGCAUAGAAAUAACCCACAUAGAACAUAUAUACUGCUUCUAAGACUUGCUUUCAAUGAGUGACAGAUCUAUAACUCAUAUUUCUGUGUGAAUUUGGUCGGGUCGCCCAAAAAGUAAGAUAUUGCAGCUUUAAAAAUCAAUAUUGCCGCACAAUUUCUACUAAAAAUAUCAAAGGGAUGCAAAAGGGACUCAUUUCGUAGAACGACCCACAUAGGUUGAAUGGCAUAUGUUGUGUAUAUACUGUACCUGUACAUAGAAAUAGAAUGAAUAGAUUCUUUUUCUACGGGUGUCUAAUAUAUAUAUAUAUAUAUAUAUAUGGGUCUGACUUGUACUGUAAGCUUUUAAACAGCAGAAGACAGAUGAGGAAAUAGAGACAGAGAAUGGGCCUGCAGUGUCAACCACAUCCGGUUCUGCAAGGCGUUUUUUCACGUUUUUGUUAUUUUGUGUUUUUUUUUACACAAUGUGACAUCCAUGCCUGCCAUAAUCCUUUCACACAGGGAGGCAGGGUUUGGCCUAAAGGCCAUUUCCCAUUUUUAAUGCACCGGUCAGUAGCCAUGACAACCAAAGCCCUAGCUGUUUGUGUGUCUGUGUCUCGACAGGCAGGAUAGACAGCUCUAGUCUACUCACUGUGCUUCCUAUUGUUAAUCAUGUGAAAGAAGAAGAAACCAGAAUGCACAGCUCACCUGUGUUCUCUAGAGCUGAGACCUGGGUAAAUUUGAAAUGGCACCCCAUUCUAGUGCACUGCUUUUGGACAGACGGAUCCUAAUAGUAGUCCACUUUUAUAUUAGGAAUAUGGUGCCAUUUUGGACGAAGCCAGAAUGAAAUGAAACAGGCCAGACUGUGUGAAUGUUGCCGUCUGUGGAGGUGACUGUCUGUUGGGUAUCUACGCAUACACAGGUAUGCCUAUUAGAAUGUACUCUGUGGGUCCUGUCUGUCUGUGUUAGGUCUUUUAGAGGUUUUUGUGUGUUUGAGUGUGUAGCAGUAAGAUGCAGCCCUCCCCAGUCAGACACUGUGCCAGUGUGAGCUUUAGUGAAGCAGCCUUAAUACAGACCAAGAGACCAUGCUAUAGUAACACUCUCUCACUCACACACACACACUCGCAGCACUACGUUACAAAGAGAAAACCCACUGAUAUCCCUAAUUAAUCACACUUUUAUUGUCAUUCAUUUUGUGCAAUAUUUUUCUUUAAUGCAUGUGUAUUUGAAUAACUGUAUAUUGUAUAAAAUGUAAACUAAAAUGUUUUGAAAAGGUGAAAGAAUUCUCCCCCUUCCCCAAAGAAAAAAAGUAUUCUAACCCCAACAACCUACAUUCCGAUGUUAAAAAAAAAAUAAUGUAUUUAGACUUGUUUUAUAAGUCUGUUUUUUGGGGGGGUUUGUCACUCCUGAUGAAUCUGUGGUUUCCGUGCUGAUGUGUCAGUAGCAGGAAAGAGGAGUGAUAAGCCAGUCGAGCUAAAGCCUCUGGAUAGAAAGCUAGCUCAUUGGUCUAGCAAUAUAGGAGAGGGGCUUAUUAUCCAUUUGAGCCUGUUUGGAGUGCAAACAAAAAUGACAUCCUGUUAUAUGAACCGAUGACAGGAGAGAAUUUGUCAUCUGACCAAUCGAAUUGCAGGAAUACUGUGUUCCUGUGAACCAAUAGAAUCACUGCUGAAGAGCACUUACUACCCGAGUUCUUCCAUUGGCCGAACAGAGCUCCAUUCCACUGCUGCCAUUGGAUGGAACUGUCCCUCGUCUGCUGUGAUUGGCUGGCAAUGAUCAGCUCUUGACUGUGAUUGACAGCGUGAGGACAUGAACUCUAAGCUGUGACACCUUUUUAAAGGGAGGUGGAUAUUUGUCCCUGGACUGGAGAGUUGACCAGGGGAACCCCAUAGGACUUCACCUUAAAAGCCUCCACACUCUCCUCCUGUUCAAGAUGGCUUGGCCGUUGAUGUUUUUUAAUCCCUUGGGGACAGGUUUUCAUAGUGUUUACCUCACAUCAACAUGAUCCUGUGUUGUAUAAAUCAUGAAAUGAAUGGGAACAGAAUCUAAUGGGUGAACACAAUGAGACAACACGGCCUCAUGUAGAUUUUGAUGAAACGUUGCUGUGAAAAACUGGGAUCUCCUAGUAUAUUAUGAAUCUAUGGUAAUGAACCGUGUGCAUAUCUGUGUACAGUACAUGUCUAUAGUGUGCCUAAAUGUCUGUCAACUCUAUUUUCAUAUUUUUCUUUAACAAAAGACAAAGAUCAAACAGAAUGUCAUGGUCAUUUUAGACUGAAAAGAACUCAAGACUCUAGAACCAGAGAAAUCUAAAGAUUUUAGAGCCAGGGGUGGGUUUUAGACUCUAGAACCAGGUGUGGCCAACCCUCUUCCUGGAGAACUACUGGCUUUUGCUUAAACCCUGCUCUGUUCUAAUACACCCAAUUUAGCCAAUCAAGGUCUCGAUGAGGAGCAGCUGAACCAGGUGUGUUAGAGCAGGGCUGGAGAAAAAUCCUGCACAGGAGGGUAGCUCUCCAAGAGCAGAGUUGGAGACCCCUACUCUGUGGUGUUUCUUGCAUCAUGCUUAUCAAACUAUUCCUUUGGAGACGCUGAACUCCGAUCAGUAUAACACUAAUAAUAAAAUGAUAACUAACUGA